AUGUCACAAUCUUGGUACGACAAUGCCGUUGCCCCAGAUGGCAAUCCAGAAGAUGGAUGCCGACCAGAAGAAGCACAAGCUCUAAGACUGUACCUUGAUGACCAACUCGACGUAGCGAAAGCUGCACGACGCAUCACCGAGCCCACUGAAUUAUCCGAAGAUCCAGGCGCUGACCUACCAAAUCUGUGGGGUUUCUUGCAAGACGCCUUGGUCGAACUGCCCAAUUUGCAACGAAAAGUUGUUCUUCUAAUGUCGGAAAUACAAGACCUACCAGAUUUAGAUAUUGAUUCUCAUGGCAAGAAGCGAAGUGGUUCACUGCAAAGCCCCUCGAGCUCUCUCUGGCAUGAUCUUCCCUCGUUCGCCAAUCAAUGGUAUGAUUUCAACUGGUGGUACUACCAGAAUGAAUGGCGCCAGAAACCUCAGCUCUACUCCUCCCCCGAGAAGAUCGCUCAAGUCGCCAACGUCGCUCGUGCAGAAGCACUCUUUGCACACACCGAUAUUCUCGGAGAAGGCGUAAAGUACGAAGGCCUUGCUCGACUCUGCGAUACACUCGAAGAUAGCAAAGCUGUUAUGAAGAUAGAAAUACAUGCGGUGAGAGAGUGGCUACUACAUGCACACGACAUACUUUACGAUAUGUCACAUACUUCACACAUGCACAAUCGCUUGCUCUCCAAUUCUGAUAUCAGAGACAGGAUCGCGAAAAAGGAGAUGCAUGUUAGUGUCCAGGAUGAGCGCGACCUUUGGCUAGGAUCUGGCGGUACAAGUCUUGAACGAUGGAAGUUCUGGAGGGAGCGCUUACAGAAUCUUCAAGAGGAUGAUACUCUGGAUCAAGGAACCAGGGAAGCUGUAGCGGAGGCUUUGUAUAGCAUGCGAUGA